CUGCAAGACGCCGGCUCGCGCGCCCCAUCGCUCGCUCGCUCACUCGCUGGCUUCCAAGGAGCUUUGCGGAUCGGGGGAGGGAACCCCGCCUCGAUUCUCCGGGAGAAACCCCCUCCCUCCCCCACUUCGCCGACACUACCCCCGCCGCCAACAACAAUAACCGCGGCUGCUCGUCCUGCCGCCGCCGCGCCCGCCAGCCCUGCUACCGCCGCCGCCGCCGCCGCCGCUGCCGCUGCCGCCGGGGCACAACCAUGGGAGGCGAGACCCCCGCACCGGUGCAGCUGAGCUCGAGGGCUUGCAGAAGACUGGGUAGUCUCCACUGAAACGGAGGCACCCCGAGGACCCCCUCCCUCCCCAAGGAAGAGAACUGGCGAAGCCAGGGAUUUUCAUGGCGCAGGCCGCAGAGCCGCGACCGAAGACCGCAGGUUGCUUCCCGGCUCUCCCAGUCUCUAACUGUCUAGGUCCGGACCAUGAGAGAUGGUGUUGAGAAUUCGGCUGUUCCCUGGCGCGCUGUGGAAGCCAUCUCCAAAUUAGCGAUCACAUAUGGAAACUGGAGACCAGAAUUUUAGGAAAAGAGAUUAAGGCAUCUCACUUGGGGGGGUGGGGGGUGUCUUUUUAUUUAUUUUCCCCUUUUUUUAAAAAAAAAAAAUCGCUGCAACUGGAACAGUUUUUUUGAUCUCAAAAGGCAAGCCUCUCUUCCCGUGUGAUCUUUAUAAUUUACACACUUUUCCGUGAGCUUUCUUAUCUCCCUUUUUUUAUAUCUCUCCAUAUUCUCAAUUCACACACAGAUCCAUUAUAUUAGUAGUGGAAUUACCGUUCGCACCCCUCACACACACGCUCCUGAGAACCAGAAGUCGGUUGGGUGUUUAUAUAAUGAAGAAUUAUGGGGCUGUUUGAUCGAGGUGUUCAAAUGCUUUUAACCACCGUUGGUGCUUUCGCUGCCUUCAGCUUGAUGACCAUCGCUGUGGGAACCGACUAUUGGCUGUACUCCAGAGGGGUUUGCAAGACCAAAAGUGUCAGUGAGAACGAAACCAGCAAAAAGAACGAGGAAGUUAUGACCCAUUCCGGAUUAUGGAGAACCUGCUGCCUCGAAGGGAACUUCAAAGGUCUGUGCAAGCAAAUCGACCACUUUCCAGAGGACGCAGACUACGAAGCGGACACCGCAGAGUACUUCCUCCGGGCCGUGAGGGCCUCGAGUAUCUUCCCGAUCCUGAGUGUGAUCCUGCUCUUCAUGGGUGGCCUCUGCAUCGCAGCAAGCGAGUUUUACAAGACACGCCACAACAUCAUCCUGAGCGCUGGCAUCUUCUUCGUGUCUGCAGGUCUGAGUAACAUCAUCGGGAUCAUCGUGUAUAUAUCAGCCAAUGCGGGAGACCCCUCCAAGAGUGACUCCAAAAAGAACAGCUACUCCUACGGCUGGUCCUUCUACUUCGGGGCCCUGUCCUUCAUCAUCGCCGAGAUGGUCGGGGUGCUGGCCGUGCACAUGUUUAUCGACCGCCACAAACAGCUGCGGGCCACGGCCCGUGCCACCGACUACCUCCAGGCCUCCGCCAUCACCCGCAUCCCUAGCUACCGCUACCGCUACCAGCGCCGCAGCCGCUCCAGCUCGCGCUCCACCGAGCCCUCUCACUCCAGGGACGCCUCGCCCGUGGGCGUGAAGGGCUUCAACACCCUGCCGUCCACGGAGAUCUCCAUGUACACCCUCAGUAGGGACCCCCUGAAGGCUGCCACCACACCCACCGCCACCUACAACUCGGACAGGGAUAACAGCUUUCUCCAGGUCCACAACUGUAUCCAGAAGGACAGCAAGGACUCUCUCCACGCCAACACAGCCAACCGCCGGACCACGCCCGUAUGAAGACCGUGGAACCGGGGCACGGGACCUGGGAGGCUUGGCCCGCGGGCGGGGGAGGGACCGCAGCAGCCCCCACGGGGAGACCUUCCACACACAAAAACAAACAAACAAGCAAACAAACGAACAAACAAACAAA